UCGAACGUUAACGAGGCUCAACGAUAACAGAUAAGAGUGAAGAGAGACCCAAAGAGGAGACAGAGGACUAGCAAUGGCAUCAACAGCAGCGUUAUCGUGGAGUUCCUCCUCCUGGUUUCAGAGCUUAGGUGGAAGGAUAAACAGUGAGGUCUCAAAAAUAUCAGAGAAGGGGGUUGCAAUGGCGGUUGUGGCUCAAAAGAAAGCCAAGAAGACCAGGAAGAUAAUUCUGAAGGAUGAUAUACCAGAGCUGGGAAAGAAAGGGCAACUUCUCGACGUCAAGGCUGGAUUUUACCGGAACUACCUCUUACCCAUGGGAAAGGCCCAAAUUGUCACUCCCGUUUUACUCAAGGAAAUUCGGAUGGAAGAGGAGAGAAUCGAAGCAGAGAAGAAGCGGGUAAAAGAAGAAGCACAACAGCUUGCUACAAUUUUUGAAACAGUUGGAGCUUUCAAGGUGAAAAGAAAAGGCGGAAAAGGGAAACAAAUCUUUGGAACUGUUACUGCCCAAGAUCUUGUGGACAUUAUCAAAGCACAGCUUCAAAGGGAUGUAGACAAGCGGAUUGUUUCUCUUCCAGAGAUCCGGGAAACUGGAGAAUAUAUUGCAGAACUGAAACUUCACCCAGAAGUUACUGCUCGAGUGAGAUUGAAUGUCUAUGCCAACUAAGGACAAGCAUUAAAGCCUCUUAUCCAAUAGAAAAUAUGAGCAAUGCUUAAAAAGGCGAUAUCAAAUCUACAGCAAUGCCUGCUAAAGGAUGCCGUGCAUGUAGAUUUUGAUGUGUUGAUAUUGAGUAACCUUCAGCUAAAUCAUUAUUGUGUUUUUAUUUGUUUCUUCUAUUGUAUGGUUCUCAAGAACUAUGGACUAACUACGCUCUUUGUAACCUUUUUGGAUAGUUUUCUGUAUAACCAGGCAUUCUACAGGCUAAAGGGAAUUAUUUAAGCCACCAUGUUGUUUGA